AUGGAGAAUUUCGCCGGCAGAGAGCUUCCUGAAGCGAUGAUUAGAGACUUCACUCGCAUGAUUCUCGAAGGUUUGGUCUCGAUUCACCAUCACGGCUAUGUUCACUGCGAUCUCAAAUCGGACAAUCUCCUUGUGUUCCCGUCGAGAAAUUCAUCGUACGAGCUGAAGAUUUCUGAUUUCGGAAACUGCCUAAGCGUCGGAGAAGUUCCUGAUUACUGGGGAAUUGAUUCUCCGUUCGUGGGGACUCCAAUUUACAUGCCACCGGAGUCUCUCCGUGACGGCGUCGCCAGGAAAACCCUAGAUCUGUGGUCGGUGGGAUGCUUAGUCCUGGAGAUGUACACAGGUGUGGUUCCAUGGGAAGGUGUUAAACUCAGUGAUCUCAAGGCUCGUCUCCUUGAUGGUGAAGCUCCAGAGAUUCCUGAUUGUGUGCCUUGCGAUGCACGGAAUUUCAUUGAAACGUGUUUCUCUAGCACACCUGAGGAAAGAGGAAGUGCGUGUGAGUUGUUGUUUCAUCGGUUCUUGCGUCGUCUAGAAGAAGAAGAGCAGACUGUCGCUGAAGAGAGGCGAAAUUCGAUUCUAUUGAAGUUAAAGCUGAGAAUCAGACGAGCUUCCAAGAAUGUUACAGAGAAGAAGGAGAAGCCUCUGAAACUGAUGUUUCUUCCAUCAAAACCUCCACAGUUGAAGAGCACUCUGAACAGAUUCUUGAGGUUGAAAAUUAUGCCUAUGAAGCGCUCUGGUUCCAAUUUAGUUUCGGUUCAGUAA